AUGGUAAUGAAUACGUUUAUUCAAUACAUUAAAACGGAUCAGUUUUGUCAACUCGGAUUUAAUGCUGGGCAGCCGUUUCUAACCCCCAAACAUUGGUUUCAAUUUGCCGAUGACGCGGUGAUAACAACAGGUGAGGAGUACGAGACACAAAUAUUACUGAAUGCAUUCACCAUGUGGUGUAAUUGGGCAAAAAUGACGCUAAGAGUCGACAAAUGCAAGUCAUUCGGAAUUAUCAAAAGGAACUCAUUAUCCAAGCAGUAUUUUCCGAAAAUUUACGUUAACCACGGCUUAAUUACAGCGGUAAAGGGGAACGAAAGCUUUUGUUAUCUCGGUAGAUUUUACAACUUCCCGAUGGAUAACGUAGAACAUAAACAGUUCUUGCUGUCUGAGACUAGUAGCAUCUUAGAAAAAAUCGAUCGUCUCCCUCUACACUCAAAAUUUAAGCUUGAGUUAUAUAUGAAAUAUCUGCUCCCGAAAAUAUCUUGGCAUCUCACUAUUGCAGACAUUGAUAGAACAUGGAUAAAGCAAACUUUAGACACAAUGUGCCACAAUAAAUUUCGGACAUGGCUUGAGAUACCACCAAACGGCACCCUUGACAUAUUGCUUCUUGGGAAAUCCAAAUUCGGUUUCGACAUCAUUGAUGUAUCAACAAAAUUCACUGAAUGUCAAGUAAUUUUGCGAAAUAAAUUAAAAGACUCGAGUUGUCUAGACACCCAAAACCUUUUCUACGCAUCUAGCUCAAAUUGUAAUGUGCAGUACGAUGGUUUCUCCACCGCAAAACAGGUUGCCAAAGAAAUUAGGAAAGAUAAGAUCUUUAAUAUUGAAAGCAAGCUAACGUCGCAGAGUCUUAUAAUUAAGUCGAUUUGGAGAGAUGCUUUCCAGGGUACAGCGAAAGAUUGGCACUCGGCAGUUGACAAACUCCCUAAAAACAUAUACAACUUCGUAACUAGAUAUUUAAAUAACACCCUACCUACAUUAACAAACAUGGUUUUGUGGAAGAAAGCUCAAAAUAAUCUGUGUCAUUUCUGCUUGAAUGUGCAAACACUACAACAUAUAGCGUCUUCUUGCAAAACAUCCCUGGACGAAGGUCGAUACACAUGGAGACACAAUUCAGUGCUGAAACACCUAGCAACGUACAUAUCUAGUGUCAGAAGGGACUUUCACGUUUAUGCAGACAUUUCUGGUUUUGAUAAUCCAUCUGUGAUCACAGGCUGUAAUGACCGACCAGACUUGGUAAUAUCAGACAACAACCAAAAUAUAUAUGUUAUUGAAUUGACAAUCGGCUUUGAAACUAAUAUGGCAAAAAAACUGUUUAAGGAAAAGGGAACGAUACAAGGAUCUUUGUAA